AUGUCUGCGGAAGAGGUUUUUGAACAGUUUGAAGAUGAAGAGGCGGAAAUUUCUCUUGGUACUCUACCUGGUGGGAGAAAGCGUCUUUUCUCCAAAGAACUACGCUGCAUGAUGUAUGGUUUUGGCGAUGACCAGAAUCCUUAUACAGAAAGCGUUGAUCUGCUAGAAGAUUUAGUUAUUGAAUAUAUAACUGAGAUGACACAUAGAGCUAUGGAGAUUGGACGUACAGGACGGGUUCAAGUUGAAGAUAUAGUAUUUUUAGUGAGAAAGGACUCCAGAAAAUAUGCCCGAGUAAAAGAUCUGUUGACAAUGAAUGAGGAACUCAAGAAAGCAAGAAAAGCUUUCGAUGAAGUUAAAUAUGCAGGUACUGUCAAAGAGUAAAUUGCAUUGUUAUGUUAUAAUUAUUGCCAAAUGCAAAAUAUGUUUGAGUUUAUAUUAAUUUAUCUAUAAUAAUCUAUCUAAUUAAAAAACAUGAGCUUUUCUGCGUUUAUAAUCCUUUGAUUUCUUCGAUUAUCUUUUAUUUGUCAAAUAUUUGUUUUGUAUUAGAAACAGUUCACAAAAGUAAUUCUGAUGCAUUCUGCUUAGUGUGCAUAAUCGAUUUGCACGUGUCUCGAUUAGAGAUGAAAGAAUUGUUUUCAUUUAUAUUUGCUGCUGUACUUGGCACAGAUUGUUGCUUUAUUUUACAAUCUUGUACAACUGCUUGCAAAAUAAGAACUAUUGUAUUCAUCAAA